AUGGCCAAGUCUAGAAAGGACCGGCCAUCUAAAUGGAGUGGCACACCGAUACAUUUACCAAACCAUCUCUCCAGAUGGCCAGAUGUAAAAGUUCGAUCAACGUCGAAAUCACAGCCGACACCCUCAAGCGAACCAAAAAGAGCUGUCAACCAUACUGCCAGCGAUGUUGCUGUGCAUGAAGCCUCUACAAAAUCCGGAGAGCAGAAUAUUGUACCGAGGGACAGCCAUGAGAAGUGUCCAAACAAGGGCACACCACAAAAGAUCUCCAGCUCAACUAGCGACGACAAGAGUCAGGCCCCGAAUAGCGAUACCACCAAGUACGAUUCUGCUAAGCAGAGUUCAGUGAACCCGAUGUCUUCGACUGAUAUGGUCAAGCAAGCUAACGAGGAGAUCAAGCCCGAUCAUACAGGAUCGAAGCCCGACAAGUCCGCUGGCCACAGCAUCAGACGCACUCCUCUUCUUCCGCGAGACAAAAGUGGCAAUGGCAAGCCUGCUACUAAGAACGAAGCAGGAACGACUCCACAGGUUUCACCUACCCCGGUUUAUCUCUCAAGUACAGCUAAAGCGAGGCUGAAAGACGCAGUAGCAUCUCACAAGAGGACGACCAACAAUGCACGUGAGCCUCGAACGAAGAACGUCUUCAACGCGCGAUCCAUCUCUAAUUCUGAAAGUGCUACACCAGCAGCAGAGACAGUCCGACCUGAUGGCAAGCCAGCAGACUCAGUCCUCCCGCAGGUCACUUCCCAAGAGCUAGUGAAUAGACAAGGUCCAAAACUGAGGAAAGAACGAAGUGAUGCGCCUCCACCUGCCUCCUCUCCUGGGCAGGAUUCGAGACCCAAACAGUCUGCGUUACAGCCUGCUGAUGCAGUCAUGAUUCCCGUGCCCCAGCAAGCGAGUGUUGUCACACCUUCAGAUAAAUUCACACAGAAAGACCGCCAGGCCAGCUUUGAUCGUAUUGCAAGGACUUAUGGAGAAAGGUUAGCAACAGACCAUCUGAAAAUUCGGCCUCACCAAACAUUCUCGAGCAAUGUCUCCGAUCCUGGUAGAGACACUGAGUCUGAUCAAGAGGUCGAGAAAGAUAAAUCUCGACCCACUCGCCAGUCUGAAUCGAACAAGAAGCCCAGCAAAAGUUCCAGUUCGAAGAGGAAAAGCAAAAAGAACUCGAAGCAGCAAGGCAACUGGGACGUCGUGCUUGCCGAAGCAAGAAAGCAGGCCGACCUGCUAGACGAUAUAGAGCGUCAACGUGGCUACAGAUUGGAGUCAAAGCCUCCGGGAUGUGAUAACGACGAAAGUUGUGUCGAGCCUAAUGACCAAGACGAAUCCAGCUGUGAAGCUGGUGCCAUCAAUCAGCACGCCUCAAAUUCUGAAGAAGGCGGAACGACUCCCUAUCAAAAGGCCAAAAAACGCAAGCGAGCCAGCCAGGACUCUGGUGCGACUCCGAAUCAGACCACUACAGGGACCUUGAAGAAGCAGAAAAUAACAAGUGCGCUAUCGAAGAGAGAGGCGAAUUCUGCUGACAAGACGAAGCAAGUCAAAGCGCGAAAGGAUAGCCCUCACGAGCCUGAGAGAAAUGUCGAUGGUGACCGGGCCUGCAAUCAUACAAGACUGCCAGACCAAGAUACAAAUUCAAGCUCGUAUACUCAGAAGAAGGGGUUUACAGAUCGGUCUGACGUCGACGUGGCGCUUCUCACCUCCCUCAAGCCAUUGAUACCCCAGACUAUCAUCAAUACUACCUUGCAGACUUUGGCUGCAGCCGAAACUCUCAAGAUCACCAAUAUCAUCGAGAAGAAACAGCGGUCCGAAAUGAAGAAGAUGACCAAAGGAAAGCUUACAACUGCGGUCUGGCAAGAUGUGGAUGCUGAAAUGGCAAUAGAGCACGGUCUGAUCGAUGAUGCAAAGACAUACCACGCGGACGAUCCAGUCGUCGUCAUCAAGUCCGCCGCCGAGCUGAUUAGCAAAUUGUCUCAGAACAGCGUCGUAGGGGUAGCUAUUGAUGAUGAACCUCAGGAGAGGGACAAAAGUGGUAGGAGAGAUGCAAACAACAUGUCUGAGAUGGAAUUACAGUUGAGCCUUACUGUUAUGCAGAAGCAGCACGAUAUCGAGAGACUUGAAAAGGAGGUGCGCAAGCUGAAGGCGCAAGUGCAAAAGUCAUAA